GAUUAAAAUGUUUUUUUUUUGUAGGGAAUUUAACAAAGAAGAUCCACAUCGUUGCAGGUGUCAGUGACACUCGGUGAGUGAAGCUCGGGAAACGGAAACCAAUCGAUAAAUGACAAAUAGACAUCGCCAUGGCUACAAUACAACACGUUUUUCGCAGCGAACCCGUGGCAAGACGGCACGUGCGUUUGUCGGAAACAGAGGCCUCCAAAAAUAGGGGAUAUUCCCAGAAGAAAAGCAGUAGAUGUUCCCCAUAACACCCCCCAAGACUUAGAUUUUCGUCGUAAUCCAUCAACUAGUCCUGUGAUAGAAAACAACCAAGUGCCUUCCUUAAAGCACCUGUCAGAGUCAAGUUUACCGGAUCGCGUCUCUCAAAUUACACUAAAACGCGGCGGCGAUCGAGUUCAACAUCAAAAAAAGACCGAACCAAUUCAACAAUCGCACAGUUUUAUCAACGAAUCUACUCAAAACCGCGCAAUUUACCCGAAUUGCCCCUUUUCCCCGUACGGAAGCCCAGCGAAUUCGCCGCGAAGCACCCGGAAGCGGCAACCUUUAAAAGAAUCUCGUCGCGUUUCGAUCGAAAAAACCGGAAUGUACCUUCAAUUGAAUCAGUAUCGAUUGAUGGAUUCGAUCGGGCAGGGAUCUUACGGAAUCGUUAAAUUGGCGUAUAACGAGGAAGACGAUACGCAUUAUGCGAUGAAGAUUUUAUCGAAAAAGAAAUUGUUAAAACGGGCGGGAAUGUUUGGAAGAUUACCGCCGAAAAAAUUCGACGGGAGAAAAAAAGAAACUUUACAACCUCUACAACAAGUUUAUCGGGAAAUUGCGGUUUUAAAAAAGUUGGAUCAUCCCAACGUGGUUAAAUUGGUCGAGGUUUUAGACGACCCGGUCGAGGAUCAUUUGUACAUGGUUUUUGAGUUAGUUGAAAGAGGCGAGGUUAUACAAGUACCCACUGAGAGGCCGUUAACUGAAGAACAAGCUUGGAAUUAUUUUAGAGACGUCAUUUUAGGAAUUGAAUAUUUACAUUAUCAAAGGAUUAUUCAUAGAGAUAUAAAGCCGGCGAAUUUGCUUUUAAGCGAAUCGGGGAGGUUGCAAAUAGCCGAUUUGGGGGUUUGUAACGAAUUCGAUGGAACCGACGCUUUUUUAUCAUCAACAGCCGGAAGUCCGGCGUUUACAGCCCCGGAAGCUUUGGAGCAUCGAGAAACCUUCAGCGGGAAGGCCGCCGAUAUUUGGUCGAUGGGGGUGACGUUAUUUGCGUUCGUUUAUGGGCAAGUUCCGUUUUAUGAACAAAAUAUAGUGGCUCUUUACGCAAAAAUAAGAACGCAAAGUAUCGAUUUUCCGAGUAAUUUAGCCGUAUCUGAAACAUUAAAGGAUUUAAUUAGGAAAAUGUUGGUUAAAAAUCCUUCGGAGAGGAUCACAUUACAAGAAAUAAAGCAACAUCCUUGGGUCACCAAAGAUGGGAUUUAUCAGCUUCCCAGCGAAGAGGAAAAUUGCCACCUCGUUGAAAUAACCGAAGAGGACGUCGCUAAAGUUGUUACUUCAAUACCGAAAUUAGACACUUUAAUCCUCAUCAAACAUAUGCUCAAAAAACAUUCGUUUCAAAAUCCAUUUUUGCACAAACGCGAAGCUCACCGUCAGAGUAAUCCGGAAAAUCCGCCUCAAAAAAUGCACAUUGGGAUAUCCGGGAGGGCUAAUUCGGCCCCUUGUUCUUAUAAUUGGCAGCAACACCAUCAGAUUUCCGUGGAUUCUGCGUUGGAAGCUGUGACGGAGGUGAUGGUGGAUGUAGCUGAGGGGUUUAAUGAUAAACGCACCGAGAAAAAGAACCUAGAAAGAUGAUAAUCGACUUUAAUUUUAUUUUUGCUACUUUUUGGUGUGUAAAUAUAAUUUUUCUUUUUGUUAAAUGGGACCAAAAUUAACUCAACGAAGAUUCUGUGUGUUUUUUCAUCAAAUAAAUGUUAUCGAACACUUCUCAUAUUAAAA